AAGCUGUUGUUGUUUGGUGUUAAUCCUUUGCUCUGGAUGGGGGUCGAGUGAAGCAGAAUGAGGGGCUCGACCGUCGCUAAUCCAGCUAACAGAUUAAUUAUCUUUGCAUCGUGUUGGUGAAGUCGCUGUAAUGCAACGAUAAAGAGUCCCUGAGGGGAGUCUCCUCACUCUUAAUCCCUCUCUCUCUCUCUCUCUCUCUCUCUCUCUCUCUCUCUCUCUCUCCCUCUCUCUCUCUCUCCUCCCAUCCAUCAACUCAAGCACCUCUCCUCUGACAGCCUCACAAUUAUCGCCUCUUUAAUAUUUCAAUAACUGCUCCUGAUUUACCACCAUCUUCUUCUUCCUCUUCCGAGCUGCUGUUUGUUGCUUUUUCAUCCCAGGAUGAUGUUUUUUUGUAAACCUCUCUGAGCUGGUGGAUAUUUUCCUGAGAGACGAGCCAGAAGGAAGAGAAGGAGAAGCUCCUGAAGCAGCGACAGCGGGUGGAGCAGGGCUCCAGUGGUGGUAGACGAUGGCUGCCAUGACGACGGUGCCCAGCUACGCCCCCUCUCUGUGGGUGAGGGUGUGCCACGCCCUGCCCCGGCUGGACCUCACCAUGCAGAUGAGGGACAAUGUCUUCGUCCCGGACAGCUGGGAGUACCAGCAGACGCUGCUGGUUCUGUCCAGCUUGUCGGCCAUCGCUCUGGUCGUCUCCCUCCUGGUCAUCCUGUCCUUCCUCAUACACUACUGCUGCUGUCACCGUGGCGACCGGAGCGAGGGCUCGGAGGAGGAGGAGGAGGACGAAGAUGGCAGCACGGGUCACGGCUACAGCGGGAAGAAGGGGCGGGGCAUCUGCUGCGUCACCUGGGUGGCGGUCGCCGCGGUAACGCUGUGCUGUGUUGCCAUAGGCAUCGGUUUCUAUGGCAACAGCGAGGCUAAUGAUGGGAUGUAUCAGUUGACCUCGUCUCUUCUCACAGCCAAUUACACGCUGGCUUCCAUCGAUCUGCUGAUUUCAGACACCAUCUCUGGGCUGCAGCUGUCCGUCUCCGGCCCGCUGUCCUCCAUGGAGGAGCUGUUUACGGGCAGUAAGCCCUUCCUGGUGUCCACCAGGAACUGCCGGCGGCUGUCCGAGAACGUCAUCAACCUGCUGUCCUCCAUCUCUCUGUCCCGGUCCGGUCUGGACGCCGGUCUGGGCAACGACAGCGGCGUCAGCGGGGCGUCCAUCACGCCGCUCACCCCCGUCCCGCCCUCCGUGGCCCCGACCAUGGUGCCCAGCGGAGGCCUGAUGCCCAACCCCUUCUCACCUGGCUGGGCGGCCAACACGCUGAUGGUCAACGAGGACUACAGGUGGUUGUCCUACGUGUUGCUGCUGCUGCUUGACCUCAUUGUGUGUCUGUUCAUCCUGCUGGGCCUCGCAAAGCAGGCAAGAUGGCUGCUGAUACUGAUGACCGUCUUGGCCUGGCUCGCUCUCUUCCUCAGUUGGGGAUCUCUGGGUCUGGAAACAGCGACUGUGGUGGCUCUCAGUGACUUCUGCUCAGAUCCGAACGCCUUCGUCCUGAACUCCACCCAGUUCUCCUCUGGGACCAGUGCAGAUGUUCUGGAUUAUUACCUGACCUGCAGCCGGCGCAUGAACAGUCCGUUCCAGCAGCUGCUGACCCAGUCCCAGAGGGCGCUGUCCAACAUCCACACCCAUCUGUCCAGCCUGGAGAGGAACGCUCUGCCACAGUUCCCCAAAGCCGAGAAAUCACUCAGGGAGGUUCAACAGAUCCUCAACUCCACGGAGGGAAACUUCCACCAGCUGGUGGCGCUGCUGAACUGCAGGGGGCUGAACAAGGACUACAUCGACUCUCUGAAGGGUUUGUGCUACGAUGGGAUGGAGGGGCUGCUCUACCUCUCCCUCUACUCCUUCCUCUCAGCUCUGGCCUUCACUGCCAUCCUCUGCUCUCUGCCUGGAGCCUGGAGGAGCUUUCCCAGCGAAUCGGAGGAGUACGAGGACUCGGACAGUGAGAGUGAGGACCCCUUCACCUCCCAUCAGGACUCCAAACGUUUCCUCCAAUGGCAACCCUGGCUAUGAGAGCCUCCCCCUGGCCGACAGGCAGUCCCCACCCCCCUCUUACUCUCCCAGCAUGCUGACUGGAUACGGGGGAAGUCAAUCACACCCAAACCCCGCCCAUUCGAGGAACCUGUACUCACGUUGAUUUUAUUUUUCUGUUUUUUCUUUUUUGUUAGAAAAAAUGUAUAGAAAAAAUGUUUAGUUUUCAUAUGAAUGGACACUUUAAUGAAAAAGAAACUAAUCUGAAUAAAGCGAAUGCUAGGUGUGAUAACUGAGUAUUAUUAUGAUUAUUAUUCUGAUUAUUCUGAUGAUGAAAAGCACUUACAGGAGCAGCUCUGAUCCUUCCCCUCGUCUGUGUAAAGUGUUUUGAGGCGGACGCUGUCGUAGUUUUCUAUUCUGACGUGUACCACCGCUUUAUUUUCACGUUUUUAUAUGAAUAUUGUUGUAGAAGAGGCACGUAGCAACAUGACACUUUCUUUUAUUUUCUGUGAAUGGUUAUGCAGUUCCUUCACUUGGUCUGAUUUUUUUAUUCUUAUGAUAAUUAUUCUGACUUUUUAUAGGUGGAUAUUCUGUAUUUUCCUUGUAUGACCUGAUCUGUAUAUCUCACUGUCUAUAAUAUCUGAGUAAUCAUGAAAAAAAAAAAACAACCAGAGGGCUACAAAGAGAGCCUGUUCUAAAGGAAUAAACGGAGAACUACAAAUGGACUACAAAUCCCAUGAGAGCAGGAACAUAGCAAUAUGGCCCUUGCUACUGGUGCUCAGUAGCCCUACCGUAACGAGCAAUAAGAACAACUCUGUACAGAUCUGAGGCGAAAUGAGAUCUCUCCAAGGUGUUCUGUGUAUAUAUGGUUCCGUUUGAGAUUUCAUUGACCCCUUCCUCCUCCUCCUCCUCCUCCUCGUUAACCCUUGAAUUGAGUUUCUAUGGUUACCAAUGCUCCUUUUGAAUGGCAUCCUUUUACACUCAAGAGUCUAAUAUAAAUAAAAUAACUUCAAUAACCUGA